UCCAUAUUGAAUUCCUCCGCGUCGUCAGGGUUAUAAAAAAUAGUACCACAAUAAUUACUAACUUGGUGCCCUUAUGUUCAAAAAAUGUUAAUAGUUUUGAAAUUUUAGUUAAGUGCAACAAAACUAUUUUUUUCUGUAUGUUAUAAAAUUAAUGGGUAAUGAAAAACAAGAAAUUGUUACAUUUUUCAGGUUAGAGUGGAGCGUACGCUUACUGACACAUACAACAUACAACUCUUCAUUUUGUCGCUGUCGCCACAAGUAUUAAGUGUUUAGCUGCGAGAGGUAGUUGUUUAUGGUUGUCGCCCAUCCCAGUUCCACCGUAAAUGAUUGUGUCGAAUUUCUGCUGAAUUCGUUUUUAGUUAAGGAUAGGCUAAUAUACCCGAAGAGAGUAAAAUGGCGGUAGAUAACGAUUCGUCCCCGGCCAAAAAGUCAUCCACGUCGAUUAAAAUGACCGGAAAUGCACAUGCUGAAAUCAUCAUGCUCGAUGGUUCUACACUAUCAGUCAGCAUUGAUCGAAAAGCAAAAGGCAAGGAUUUGUUGGACAGGGUAUGUGAAGCUAUAAAUUUGAUUGAGAGAGACUACUUUGGCUUAACAUAUGCAGACAGACACGAUCCUCGAAACUGGCUGGAACUUGAUAAGAGGAUAGCUAAGUUUAUGAAAAACGAACCAUGGAGAUUUAAUUUUGAAAUUAAAUUUUAUCCUCCGGAUCCAGCGCAACUUCAAGAGGAUAUAACCCGAUACCACUUGUGUCUUCAAAUUAGGAACGACAUACUCAGUGGUCGCUUGCCGUGUUCAUUUGUCACACAUGCCCUUUUAGGAUCUUACUUAGCCCAAUCUGAACUUGGGGAUUAUGAUCCAGACACAAUGGGCCGCAACUAUUUAAAAGAAUUUAAAAUUGCUCCAAGCCAAAAUCAGGAUUUAGAAGACAAAGUUUGUGAGCUGCACAAAACUCAUAGGGGACAAAAUCCUGCGGAGGCGGAACUACACUAUCUAGAAAACGCAAAAAAAUUGGCCAUGUAUGGUGUUGACUUACAUCCUGCAAAAGAUUCAGAAGGAGUAGACAUUAUGUUGGGAGUAUGUGCAUCUGGGCUCCUGGUAUAUAGAGAUAGAUUAAGAAUCAAUCGUUUUGCUUGGCCCAAAAUUUUAAAAAUAAGUUACAAACAACAUAAUUUCUAUAUCAAAAUUCGUCCCGGCGAGUUUGAGCAAUUUGAGUCAACCAUUGGAUUCAAAUUAGCCAAUCAUAGGGCUGCCAAGAAGUUAUGGAAGACUUGCGUUGAGCACCAUACUUUCUUCAGACUGAUGUCACCAGAAAUUAAUCAAAAAUAUUCGCUUUUUCCUCGCUUAGGCUCCAAAUUUAGAUAUUCUGGUCGUACUCACUAUGAAACGAGGAAAACUCCUAUAGACAGGCCAGCACCCCAAUUUGAAAGGUCACUUACUGGUAAACGGCUGACUUCUAGAAGCAUGGACCCACUCGGCGGUUUAAAACCGGAGGAUGAUUACAAUGAAGCAAAUAAACGUCAUACAAUGCCCUAUCCACCAGAUCAUAUCCCCGAUAUUGACAACCAAACUCCUCCAAAAGUCAAAGCAGUUAAAGAUAAGAAAGAAAAGCAUACUAGGCAGCCAAGCUCCACUUCAAUGAAAUCCAGCGGCACUGUAAGUUCAACCGAAGGAGAUUAUGACGCAGAAAAGAUUGAAAAGAAACCUAUUGGGGGAAUAGCUGUAUUGCCUUCUGGUGGGCUAUUUAGUAAACGAAAAGAUAAAGAUGACAAGGAUAAAGAAAACAAGAGCAAUAAUAUUGAACAAAAUGGAAGCGAUGGCACUGAGUUAAAUACCUCAAACGAAAGUAACAAGAUUCCAAAAGAGAAAAAAGCAAAGAGUCCUGCAGGCCUGUUUGCUAAAAGGGAAAAAGCUGCCAAGGACAAGACAGAAAAAAGUCCACUAAAUGCUCCUCCGUUACCUGGUUAUGUCAAAGAGUAUGAUUAUGAGACUCCAGAAGAGCAAGUGACUCCCCGAAAACCAUAUACACAAGGUUUCAGUUAUGAAAAUCAAAAAUUGCCAUCCAGCCCCACUAGUGAGCCUGAAACUCAACAAUCCCCGCCAACUAAGAAAGCAACUGCGACAGCAUUCAAUUAUGCUCCAGGAGAUGUUGAGAAGUUAACCAAAAGUGCAAGUCCAGGUUUUAAAGAUCCCAAAGCUGACACUGCAGCAUUCUUAGCUGGAGAACAAUAUAAACGGGAUCCGCUAAAACCUAAGUCUAUAGGUGCAAGCCCUGGGGGUUUCGCAAUUGCCGGUACAAAGCGGCCUAUUCAACUGUUUGUCAUUACUGGUCCAAGAGAUCCAAAGUGUGGACGUCUUGAUACUGAUAAUGCUACAGCAGAAGCAACCUUAGGUCAGCAGAAUAUUGAUACCGGCCUUAUUGAUUGCAAAUACGGUCUUAUUGAUCCAUCGAAUGGCACUGUGAUCAUCACAGAUCCCACAAAUGGCCAGAAAGAAGUAGUACAAGGUUAUAUCGACCCAAUUACUAAACAAAUAGUAAUAACGUCUGGCUCUGUUAUUGACCCAAAGAGUGGUAAAAGGUCCUCAGCUUUAAGUCAGAUUAUUGCAAUAUGCGAACCAGACAAAAAAACGUCAACCCCAUUACAUACUAAACCUAAGAAACGUUUAAUAAAAAUUGUUGUAGUAACUGGAAACAAGGAUAUGAAAUCUAAACGAAUCGAAGUAGAGCAAAGUGUUAGUGAGACUCUGGAUGCUAUUUUAGAUCCUGCGUCUGGGUGCAUUAGCACUAAAUAUGGUACCAUCGAUCCAGUUAAAGGUAACAUUACACAUAAGGAUACUAAAUCUGGUAAAAUUGAUGUACGUCCGGUUACAUUCGAUCCCAACUUGGAGCACUUUAUUAUUGAAGGUGUUAUUGAUCCAAAAUUAAACAAAGUAGAUGAUACAUUAGGUCAACUUAUAAAAAUUGAUGCAAAUGGAGAUACAAUUAUUCCUGUAACAGCAGUAACGGCCAAACGUAAUCUACAAACUGGUCAGUUAGAUCCUACUCAAGCUCAUAAAGAGACAACCAAUGGUAAAAUUGAUCCAAUGAGUGGAGUGAUGUUGACAAAAUAUGGCACAGUUGAUCUUAAGAAAAAACGAAUUUUUAUAAAAGAUCCUAAAACUGCCGAAGUUGAGGAGCAUCCAGUACAGUUUGAUUCUAAUGAUAAUAUUAUUGUACUAUCAGGGGUAAUUGACCCCAAAACAAACAUUCGAGAUAAUAAUUUAAGUCAGAUUUUGCAAAUUGGCUCAGAAGUAGAUCCCGAAAUUGUGGUUACAUCUUUGUCUGGUAAACUAGAUAAACGAGGUCUAGACCCAAAAUCUUUAUCACAACCCGAAAAAUCUGUGGGUCUGUAUGAUCCAAACACAAAUAAAUUGUACACCAAAUACGGCGUAUUUGAUCCUAUUAAUGAGACGCUAAGUAUUAUGGAUCCAAAAACAGGCAAAACUGAAAUAAAAGAGGGUCAGCGAGAUCCAACCUUGGGAGGAGUACUUUUUAGAGGUUUAGUUAACCCUAAAAGUAACAAAUUUGAUAGUUCGUUUGGACGCAAUAUUAAAAUUAAUGUAAGAGGAGCUCCAGUUGAUCCAACAAUAACUGAAACGGCCAGGAAAAGCAAAGAGAAGCCUGUUUCACGUGACGAACUGCCUUUAACAAUUCCAAAACAAAAGAAUAAGGUGGUAAAAUUGUUAGUAGUGACAGCGAAAAGAGAUCUAAAAAGUGGCCAUUUAGAUCUUGAAAAUGGAAGUGUUGAUCAGUCAGCUGGUAUUUUACACCCAACCGGAGAAAUUGAUUCAAAAUAUGGACUAAUUGAUCCCUCAAAGGGGAUAGUUACUAUAACAGACCCAGCGACUGGAAAACAAGAAGUUGUUCAAGGUUCAAUAGACCCAUCUUCUGGUCAAAUUAUUUUGGAAAGUAGACCAGUAAUUAAUCCAAAAACGGGCAAAAGAGAUUCUACUUUGGGCCAAGUUAUAACUAUUGUAGGAGAUUAUUCUGCCCCUGAAAAAACUCGAAUUAAGUAUUCUUUGCCAUCGCAUCCAAUCCCGAAAAAACGAAUUAUUAAGAUUUUGGUUAUUACAAGCAAAAAAGAUCCAAAAACUGGUAGAAUUGAUACUGAAAAAGGAAAUGUUGAAAAACUUACAGCUACAGUUGAUCCAGUCAGCGGUAUUAUUGAAUCAAAAUAUGGAAAGAUUGAUCCCCACAAUCACAAGGUAAUACAUAAGGACAAGUCCGGUAAAGCAACUGUUACCCCGAUAAGAAUCGAUGAAAAUACUGGUCAAAUAUUUAUGAACGACAACGUAAUGGAUCAAAAAACUGGUAAAAUUGACCCCAACUUAUCUCAGAUAGUUAAUAUAGUUGAUCCACAGCAUCCUGCUGUGGUCAUUACAACUACUACCCGUAAAAAGGACAGUAAGGUUAGAGAAAAUGAGCGAUCUGAAAUUUCAAACGGAAAAAUCAUUCCAGAAACUGGUGAGAUUGUUACCAAACAUGGCACAAUCAAUUUGAAGUUGAUGAAAAUUUUUACACGUGAUCCAAGAUCUGGUCAGUUCCACGAACGACCCGUUCAAGUUGAUAGAGAUGACAAUAUUAUUAUAAAUUCUGAAAUUGUUGAUCCCAAGAGUGGUAAAACUGAUCCUUGCCUUAUCCAGUUAAUUCAAGUUGGUCCCGAAAUGGAUCCAGAAAUAGAAAUCAGAACCUAUAUAGGCAAAAUUGAUCAUAAAAAGAAUAUUAUUGACUCCAAGAACGCCGUGCCAAGUGUAACUCCUGGUUUGUAUGAUCCAGACAAAAAUAAAAUUUACACAAAAUAUGGGCAUUUGAACCCUAUAGACGAAACAUUAACUACUGUAGAUCCGAAAACGGGCAAGACUGAUACAAAGAUUGGGUUUAUUGAACCCAGCACUGGUGAAUUAAUAUUUAAAGGUUGUUGUAUAAAUCAGAAAACUGGUAAGAUUGAUAAAGAUUUGGGAAGAGCUAUUUCGGUACAUAUAACGGAGCCGACUGUAGACCCGUUGGUGCCCCAACAACCUUUACAAAAAGAAUUGCAGAAAACAGAUGAUGCUAUUGAAAUAUCAGAAACAAAAAUUUCGCCUACGAAACAAACGCUCUCUACACCUGUUAAGGAAGUUGUUACUGGUGUAUUGCAUCCUAUCGCCAAACAUCGCAUUGUAAAAAUUAUGGUCAUUACUGCUAAAAAAGACCCGAAGAACAGUUCUUUGGAUAUUGAAAAUGGUAAUGUGGAACAUUUAACUGGUGUUUUAGAUCCAACAACAGGUUAUAUUGAAACUAGAUAUGGCCAAAUUGACCCAACUGCGGGCAAAUUGAUUACACACAAUAGUGCAACCGGGAAACAAGAAAUAAUACCGGGUAAAGUUGAUCCUGUAACCGGUCAAAUUAUUAUAAAUGGAGGAGCAAUAAUCGAUCCUAUAACCGGAAAGUCAGAUUCAAAUUUAGGACAAGUGUUUUCUGUUGUUGGUCUUAAGCAAGCGCAAGAUCCACAUGUUGCUCCGAUACCUAGAAAGCGAAUUAUCAGAAUUACCGUUAUAACCACAAAAAUUGAUCCAAAAACUGGUAAAAUGGAGACCGAAAAAGGGCAGUUCCAACAAUCAACGGCUCUUCUUAAUCCUGAAACGGGUUUGAUUGAAUCUAAAUAUGGACUUAUUGAUCCAAAGAAUGGGAAACUGAUUAUAAAUGACCCAAAGUCAGGAAAAGUUGAUGUUAGAACUGUGCAAAUUAAUGAAGUAAAUGGACAAAUCAUAUUAUCAUCUGGAGUUACAGAUCCUAAAACGGGAAAAAUUGAUAACAGUUUAGGUCAAGUGAUCAGCAUUGCAGGACAAAGCGAUCCCGUUAUUGAAAUUACCUCGGUUAUCACAAAAAUUGAUCCAGAAACGGGAAAUAUUGAUCUUAACAGGGGCCACAUGGAAAACUCUAAAGGAAAAAAGCUUUCCGCUACUGGAGCAGUUGUUACUAAAUAUGGUACCAUUGAUUUAAAACUUUUGAAUAUUGUUACUGUAGAUCCCAAGACAAGCAAAGCAAUUUCUCGCCCAAUUCAACUGGACGCAGAGGGUAAUAUAAUUAUACCGACAGGCGUAAGAGAUCCAAAAACUGAUAGUAUUAAUGCAGAAUUGUGUCAAGUCAUCAAACUCGGUGCAGAAGUAGACCCAGAAGUACAGGUUUUAACUCUUAUUGGUAAAGUUGAUCCUAAGAAAAAUGUUAUUGAUUGCAAAAAUGCAACUCCUGAGGUAUCACAGGGUUUGUACAACCCAAUAACGCAUAAGAUUGACAGUAAAUAUGGGCAGAUCGAUCCGGUUCAGGCUACAAUAACCUCUGUAGAUCCUUCAACUGGUCGCCAUGAUGUGAGACAAGGGAUUGUCGAUCCGUAUUCAGGACAGAUUCUUUUUAAAGGAGGGUAUGUUAAUCCUAAAACGGGAAAAGUUGAUCUUGCUUAUGGAAGACUUAUUGGCAUUCUUAUUUCUGAUCCAAAAGUCAACGAGAAUGGUGAAAUCGUGAAGAAGGACCCCAAGACAGUACGCAUUGAUACGAAGAAUAAUCAGAUUUGGGUAUUUGACUAUAAUGAUCCGGUAACCAAAGAGGAAGUCUAUAAUACUGGCAAUAUUGAUUCCACUACUGGUUAUGUCACAGCCGUUUAUGGCUAUAUUGAUCCAAAAAGUGGCACUGUAUGUAAAAGUGUUAAAGUUGACUCAAGCAAUACAAAAAUUGACCCGAAUACAAAUCAAAUAUUUACUAGAACUAAUCAAAUUGAUGAAACUGGCGCUCCUCUAUAUUCGACAUCAGAAAUAGAUCCGGGCUCUGGCCAGAUUUAUACCAAGUAUGGUAAGAUUGAUCCAAAAACUGGAAAACUGAUUAUAGUUCGCAUAUAUUUAAUAACACAAAACGACCCCACCGGCAAAGUUAAAGAGAUUGAUCCCAAGAAUUGUCAAUUUGACGAGAAAACUGGUAAAAUUGUCAAUGUAACUACACAAACGGUCUACAUAUACAGCAUGGUGGAUCCUAAAACAGGAAAAGUGAUACAAGUUGACCCAGAUGAUCCUUUAGUUAAGAGUCCCGGUACAAAAAUUACUCAAGUCCUCACUCUAUCGGGCGAAAUAGAUCCAGUUACAGGAAAAAUACAUUCUGAAUGGGGUCAUAUAGACCCUCAAACUGGCGAUAUAGAUCCAGAGACAGCAAGAAAGGAUCCAGUCACAGGAGAACUAAUAUUGAAUUAUGCCCAAAUCGAUCCAAGUCACUUUGAAAAUCUCAAAGACUCAAAGGUUAGAAUGAAACAUGGCGAUUCUUCAGGGGAAUCUAGUGGUGAUGAUCUGAACGAAUAUGCAUCUGAAAAUUUUAAAGGGAUUACUGAUAUACGUACACCAAAAGGUAAAACUGAAGUAGCUGCUAUGAGCCCGGUUGUUGUCAAGACAACAACCGAACAAUUUGUAACAAAGGAUAAAGACGGCGUUGUCCGAAAUAUUGAAGAAACGAUCGAAGAUGGACGAACUGGCGAAGUCAACUAUUCGUCGCAAAUCAAUAAGACUGACGCCGACCCAUUAGACGAUGGAAAAUCCCCGUUUGUAACAGCGCGAGCUGUAAUAACCCGUACCGCAACCACUCAUGAAGAUUUGGGCACCAACGCCAAAACUCAACAACUGGAGGAAAAAACUGUGGCACACUCUUUGACAAGUAGUGCAACAAGGCAAGAACAAAGGACUGUAACUCAAGAAGUUAAAACAACCAGUACGGUUGUCAGCGGCGAUCAGCUGGGCAGACGAGAUAGUGUGAGCUCGACUAGUUCAGGCGAUUCAGGCACCCCCAUUGAUCCUCCCGAUGACCCCAAUCACCCAUAUUUCAACAGUUCUAUUUAUAAGGAGGACAUACCAGGAGGAAUUGUUAAAACGGAAAGCAUAGUUUACAGUCCUGAUCGAGUUUCAUACAAGACUUCUACAGCAGGUGUCCCAAUUGUAGCAACAGAAGCCAGGAAGAUGCAACUUACCUCCGACGAUGGCAAUUACACGAAAACGGGUGAAAUCGUCAGUACGCAAACCAUAAGUUCUAAAACCCGCACUGUUGAGACGAUUACAUAUAAAACAGAGAGAGAUGGCGUGGUGGAGACAAGAGUGGAACAAAAAAUUACAAUUCAAUCUGAUGGCGAUCCAAUCGAUCAUGACAGAGCUUUAGCAGAAGCCAUACAAGAAGCAACGGCAAUGAACCCUGAUAUGACUGUGGAAAAAAUUGAAAUUCAGCAACAAUCUGCACAACAGUAAUUGCGAAGGCGUAAAAUUAUUCUAUCCCGAGACGUGUGGAUAUCAUUUGGCUUCGCUUUGCUUUGAAAACAUUUUGAUUAGAGCAAAAAAGCUGCCUGCCUUCAUAUUAAAGUAUUUUAUGUUAUUUUAAGUGCAAGUGAGUAAUGAACUCACACACACAGUUUUUUAGUCACACAUUAUGAUUCACUUUGAAGUUUUAAUGUUUAUACCAUGUAAUAUUUCUAGUUUUAUUUUAGUUAGAAUAAGUGUACAUAUUGGCUUUUGUUGAACCCCAAAAGUGUUGGUAUAUGAAAUCCAUGCCUUUUGUUGGAUGUCCGUGGCUCCAAAAAUUUUCAUUAUGACAUGCAUCACGUCGAGUUUUUAUUUAUUUAUUUCAUAAAUGUUCGAGAGUAACAGGUGCGAGAGUAACAGGUGCUUUAAAAUCAUAGUCACUGAAUCUCGUAAAACAGUUUGUAAAAGUUAUGAUUGUGACAGGUGUGUUAAUGUAAAAGUUUGAAAAUAUAUAAUCAGCAUGCAGGCUAUGAGCUAAUUUAACAUUCCAAGCUAAUAUCGUACAUAUAUAAUAAAUAUGUACGGAUGUUACACCAAAACUGUAAUUUUUUUAAAUUAAAACUUAGUUUAUUUCCAUGACAGUGUAAAUAAAAGAACAAAGUUUUGUAUUUUAUUUGUUGUUCUGGUUGAGCCAGAACUAAUGAACUGGUUUACUUCGUCCAAAAAAAAUCUCGUUUGCAAAGUUGCAAUAAUUUAGUCAGUCUGCAUAAUAAUUUGAUAGAUUUUUAUGGCAUUUUUUAAACGCUAAAUUCGAUUUCUAUUAUAGUACUUUAGUCUUAAGCCCUUUUGUAUUACGUCUACAUAUAUAUGUAAGUUUAUUUAAAGUUAAGUCACUGUUUAUUUCAUUUACACAAGUUACAUGAUGAUAACUUGUAUAUUUAACUAAAAAUUUGAACAGAAAAAAUAGUGGAAAGGUUAUUCUUUUUUUAAAUAUAUCAUGCAGAGCUAUUUAAUGGUUGUUUAUACUUUGUUUUGAAAAUUU